AUGGAGGAGCAAGUGCAGCCGAGUCGGCUGCAUGCCUGCCAAACUGUCGAAGGCCUAUUAAAGCCAGAAGCACAAUGUAAAAGUCGACCCCAUGAUUUGGUUUUUAUCAUCGAUAGUUCACGUAGUGUCCGACCCCAGGAAUUUGAGAAGGUGAGAGUCUUCCUAGCUAAUAUGAUUGAUACGUUGGAUGUUGGACCUGAUAGCACCCGAGUGGCAAUUAUCAACUAUGCAAGUACUGUGAAGAUGGAGUUCAUGCUCAAAACCUACAAUAACAAGAAAGACAUGAAGCAGGCAAUUUCUCAAAUUGAGCCCCUUUCAACUGGCACUAUGACAGGUUUGGCCAUCGAGAGUGCUAUGAACCAGGCUUUCAUGGAGACUGCAGGAGCAAGACCUUCGGAACUUGGUAUCUCCAAAGUAGCCAUCAUUGUGACAGAUGGGAGGCCCCAGGACCAGGUGAAAGAAAUAUCUGCAAGUGCUCGGGCUGCUGGUAUUGAGAUCUACGCUGUUGGGGUGGACAGGGCUGACAUGCAGGCACUCAGACUAAUGGCCAGUGAACCAGUGGAUGAUCAUGUCUUCUACGUGGAAACAUAUGGUGUGAUUGAGAAGCUGACUUCUAUGUUCAUGGAGACGCUUUGUGGUGUGGAUAUGUGUGCCAUUGGAAAUCAUGACUGUCAGCAAAUAUGUGUGAGCACUACAACAUCCUAUUACUGUAGGUGCCGUCCAGGUUUUAUAUUGAAUGAAGACCAGAAAACCUGCUCACGUGAGAAUAUGUGUGCCAUUGGAAACCAUGACUGUCAGCAAAUAUGCGUGAAUACUACAACGGGCUUUUACUGCAAGUGCCGUCCAGGUUUUAUAUUGAACGAAGACCAGAAAACCUGCUCACGUAAGGAUAUGUGCGCCAUUGGAAACCAUGACUGUGAACAAAUAUGUGAGAGCACAGCCACAUCCUAUUACUGCAGGUGCCGUCCAGGUUUUAUACUGAAUGAGGACCAGAAAACAUGCUCACGUGAGGAUAUGUGUGCUGUUGGAAACCAUGACUGUGAGCACAUAUGCGUGAGCACGGCAACAUCAUAUUACUGCAAAUGCCGUCCCGGUUUCAUAUUGAAUGAGGAUCAGAAAACCUGCUCGCGUGAGGAUAUGUGUGCUGUUGGAAACCAUGACUGUGAGCACAUAUGUGUGAGCACGGCAACAUCAUAUUACUGCAAAUGCCGUCCCGGUUUCAUAUUGAAUGAGGACCAGAAAACCUGCUCGCGUGAGGAUAUGUGUGCUGUUGGAAACCAUGACUGUGAGCACAUAUGCGUGAGCACGGCAACAUCAUAUUACUGCAAAUGCCGUCCCGGUUUCAUAUUGAAUGAGGACCAGAAAACCUGCUCACGUGAGGAUAUGUGUGCUGUUGGAAACCAUGACUGUGAGCACAUAUGUGUGAGCACGCCAACAUCAUAUUACUGCAAGUGCCGUCCCGGUUUCAUAUUGAACGAGGACCAGAAAACCUGCUCGCGUGAGGAUAUGUGUGCUGUUGGAAACCAUGACUGUGAGCACAUAUGCGUGAGCACGCCAACAUCAUAUUACUGCAAAUGCCGUCCCGGUUUCAUAUUGAAUGAGGAUCAGAAAACCUGCUCACGUGAGGAUAUGUGUGCUGUUGGAAGCCAUGACUGUGAGCACAUAUGCGUGAGCACGCCAACCUCAUAUUACUGCAGGUGCCGUCCCGGUUUCAUAUUGAACGAGGAUCAGAAAACCUGCUCACGUUUGGAUUUAUGUGCUGCAGGAAACCAUGACUGUGAGCAAAUAUGUGUCAACACCACAACAGGGUAUCAUUGCAGGUGUCGUCCAGGUUUUAUAUUGAAUGAGGACCUGAAAACCUGUUCACAAGAAGCUCAGAGAAAAAUCACUAUUCAAGAUCCAUGCAAGUGUGAAGCUCUUCUUGAUUUCCAAAAGGAUGUCCAAUCUAAUUUUCAAGCACUGGCUGGCAAAAUAGCUCGUGUAACAAAAAAAAUGCAAGCAUUUGAAUACCACCUGGGUCGACACUGAAGAUUGUGCAAAUACUCUGUUUAAAGAGUGCAUGCACUACUAUUAGGCUAACUGUCCAUUUUAUUGAGCAUAGUUCUUUCCAAGCUUUUACUAUAAUCUUGAUCUGACUAGUUACUUUUACUUACAUGCUGCAACUAUAGGUUGUAAGAACUAUAACAAGGCAUAGAAUAUUAACAUAUGCCAUGCAGCAAACUGAAGCCAUUCAUUCGGGUGUUACUACAUAUUGGCUCAGCUGCUGAAAGUAUUGAUUUUACUACUGUGACAUAUUGCAUAAGUGCUAUAUAUCAAUAUUUGUCUUGACUGUAUAAACUUCACAAAUAAGUAAGUUGAUAGAUAAAAUAAAUUAGGGGUAAAAGAAAGCUUAAAUAUAUUAUGUAUGAAAAUCACUACCUGAUUCAUCUAGUUUAUUUGUCAUCUAUGCCGUUCUCUGAAUUUAACUGACCAUAAUUUAUCACUGAAAAAUAGUGAUGCUAUUGACAAGAAUAUUCAUAAUGUAUAUUUGAAUUCAAUUUUCAUGUAUUCUAUUUUCAAAUCCAGUAAAAUGUAUAUUUGACAG